AUGGCGGAGGGGCGGACGCCGCACGCAGCGCCGGCACAGAGAGCUCUGGCGGCGUCGGCUCGGCGUCGGCUCGGUGUCGCAGCCCCACGGAGGCCCCGCUGGCGCAGCCCCACAGCGACCCUCAGCCCUAUGGUGACCUUCAGCCCCACAGCGACCUUCAGCCCCACAACAACCCUCAGCUCCACAUCGACCCUCAGCCCCCUGGCGACCUUCAGCCCCACAUCAGCUCUCAGCCCCACAACGACCUUCAGCCCCACAGCAACCUUCAGCCCCACAUCAGCUGUCAGCCCCACAACGACCUUCAGCCCCACAGCGACCCUCAGCCCUACGGUGACCUUCAGCCCCACAGCGGCCUUCAGCCCCACAACAACCCUCAGCUCCACAUCGACCCUCAGCCCCCUGGCGACCUUCAGCCCCACAGCGACUCUCAGCCCAACAACGACCCUCAGCCCCACAGCGACCCUCAGCCCUAUGGUGACCUUCAGCCCCACAGCGACCUUCAGCCCCACAGCAACUCUCAGCCCCACAUCAGCUCUCAGCCCCACAACGACCUUCAGCCCCACAGCGACCCUCAGCCCCCACUCGCGGAGCCCCACAGCGACAGCGAUGGGGGCACAGAGGUGGAACGGGCAGCCAAUGCACAGCCCGUGUGUAGGGCAGAGCCCCCCUGUGGGGCAGAGCCCAUCUGUGGGGUCGGCAGUGUGGGGCUGCCCCACAUCCCGAGCGCCAUGGGGCCGCAGAUGGCAGCGGAGCUCAGCGCCGUGCUGGGGGGGGACGCUGAGCUGCUGCAGGUAAUGCUGGAAUGGCCCUGCGACCCACACCAAAGCCACCCCAAUCCACCCCAAAU